AUGCCUGUCUUCGGAUUCUCGGUCGGCGGUGUGAUCGCCGCCGCCGGUUUCUCGUCGAUGGGCUCAAGUCCAGCACCGGGGCGGGCAGCUCAGAAUCGACGAACCAUGAUUGAACUCGAGAGCCUUGGAAGAGUCCUCCGCAAAAUUGAGGGCAUCAUCGCUCAUGACGAAGAAAACACUUCCUAUACUGAUAGUCUUCGUGCUGCCGCGUUUGCGACGGCGUUGACAUUGAAAGACUUCCUGAAGAAACUCUAG